GGUGGUCGCAGCAGCGGUGCGGGUCUGCUGGCGGUACUGCGGUCCAUCAAGCACUUCUUCCUCCUAGAUCAGGGUGACGUGCUGGUGAGCAUCAUGGAGGUGGCGGACGAGGAGCUAUGCAAGCCCGCCAAGGCCAUCAACCGGACCCGCCUGCAGUCGCUGCUGGAGAUGGCUGUCAAGAUGUCGUCAGCUGCCGCCGACCCGCACGCCGACAGCUUGGGGUACGAGAUGGAUCCCCGCUCCCUGGAGUCGCUGGUGAAGGCGGCGGCGGUAGCGGCGGCCGUGGCAACAGCCUCUCCUGCCCGGCCAGAUGGAAGCACGGCAUCGUCCCUACCAGGGGCUCCCGACUCCCCGUACGCCACCCCCACGGCACGCGGCUGCCCCGGCUUCCGAGGCGCGGCGGGUGCGGGCGGGCGCCCGCUGCCGCCGCACACGCCGGGGGGCAGCCGGCUGCUGGGUCCGCGCGACCAGGACCUGCCGGGCUGGGAGCUGUACCUGCCCACCCUGAAGCUGGACUGGCCCGCCACACUGGUGGUGGGCGGCGAGGAGCUGUUGCAGUACCAGAUGCUGUUCAAGCACCUGUGGGGCCUCAAGCGCGUGGAGAGGCAGCUGGAGGCCACAUGGCUGCUGCUGCAGGGCACCAAGCGCCUAGCGAGGGCAGGCUCCGCGCUGUCCCCUCAAGCCGCGGCUAGGCGGCAGAAGCAGAUGGCGGUGGCUCACGCGCUUUGUCAGCAACUCCACUUCACCGUGCAAGAGCUCCUCCGGUACGGCACCCUGGACGUAUUGGAGCCGCUGUGGAACUGCCUGGAGGAGGGCGUCAUGCAGCGCGCUGCGGACGUGGACCAGGUCAUCGAGCUGCACCGCGACUUCCUGCGUCGCGCCACGGCGGGGCUGCUGCUAGACCAGCCGCGAGCGCUGCGCUGCAUGAUUACGCUGCAGCAGAGCGCAGCCGGGUUCGCGCGCCACGUGUCGGCGCUGUGGGACCGGCUGCAGGCGGGCGUGGAGACGUCGUCCAAGGCCACUCAGGUCACGGCUGCGGACAUCGCGGCGGAGCAGCAGCGGGCGGCGCAGCUCGCCGCAGCACUGGACGACCUGCAGCGCCUCAUGGGCGAGGCGACCGCGCAGGUGCAGGCGCUGGUGGCGGCGGUGCGAGACCACUACGAGCGGCUCAUGACGGGAGGGGCCAACGUGGGCGGGGCCGGGGCGGCCGGGGGUCUGGGUGCGGGGGCGUCACCUGGCGGCGCAGUGGCUGAGCUGCCGGAGUCGGGUGGUUGGGACCUGGAGGCGCUGCAGAACCUGGCGGAUAGACUGGACUUUGGCCGCCCUGCUGCGGGAACGCUGGGGGCUGUGCUGGCUGAGAUGGUCCGCGGAUGAGAGCGGAAACAGCGUGCAUGGCGCAGCUCCUGUUGGAUGCUGGGUGGGGCUUAUGAGUGGCGAUGAUAGUACGCACCAGAGUGCGGUGGGGUGGUUGGGGAUGAUGGGUUCCCUGGGUGAGGACUGCGAGCGAGCGGAAGCAUGUGGGCUUGGUGGUGCCUCAGGACUGCUUCCUGCUGUAUAGCGACUGGCUUGCUGUGGCCAAGAUGCAUGGGGGUUGGCGUCUCAGUCUCCAUGACCUGAGCAUG